AUGCUGUGUCCCCACAAAAUUACAGAAGACCAAAAACAACAACUCGUCUUCUUAGAAAAACUGUCGCAAUGCAACAACUUCAACCACCUAAAGCAGCUCCAAGCUUUGUCCAUCACUCUCGGCCACUCCCAAACCCAACUCUGCGCCUUCAAACUCCUCCGCUUCGCCGCCAAAACUCUCUUCAAUCUCCCCUACGCCCGCCUCAUCUUCAACUACAUCUCCUCCCCCAAUGUUCAUGUCUUCGACGCCAUGAUCACAGCCUACUUCCGCUCUUCUCUCGAGCUCUUCCGCCAAAUGCUCCGCCAUGGAAAUACCUUUUCUUGUUAUUGUUCUCGUCCCAAUCAGUUUGUUUAUCCCCAAGUCUUGAAAUCCGCUCCCGAAGUUAUGGAGCCUCGUGCGUGGGGAUCCGUGCAUGCCCACGUGGUCAAAACCGGUUUCGACGAAAACACGGUUAUCCAAACGGCGCUUGUUGAUUCCUACGCGAGGUCGUCUCUUGGCGUUGGAAAUGCUCGGAAGGUGUUCGAUGAAAUGCGUGAGAGAACUGUUGUUACUUGGACUGCUAUGGUCUCUAGGUACAUUAGAAUUGGAGAUGUGGACAAUGCUGUGGUUUUGUUUGAGAGUAUGCCGGACCGGGGCAGGGACGUGCCGUCAUGGAAUGCGAUAAUCGCGGGGUGUGCACAGAACGGGAUGUUCUCGCUGGCGAUUUCGCUGUUUAAAAGAUUGAUGGAUUGUUUUUUGCGGGAAAACGGACGUGUUAGGCCGAAUCAUGUCACGGUUGCGUCCGCGCUUUCGGCUUGCGGGCAUAGCGGUAUGCUGCAGCUUGGUAAGUGGAUACAUGGCUACGCUUGUCGAAAUGGGCUGGUGCCGGACUCAUUUAUCUCCAACGCGCUGGUGGAUAUGUACGGGAAAUGUGGCAGCUUGAAAGAAGCGAGGCGGGUUUUUGAUAUGACCUUGCAAAAAGAGUUGACUUCUUGGAAUUCCAUGAUCAACUGUUAUGCACUUCACGGGGAAAGCAAGAACGCAAUCAGCGUUUUCGAGGAGAUGAUAGCAUCAGAAAAUGACGUAAGACCCGACGAGAUAACUUUCAUCGGCUUGUUUAACGCAUGUACUCAUGGAGGGUUGGUUGAGGAAGGCAUUGCUUAUUUCCAUUUGAUGACUAAGGGGUACGAGAUCAAGCCAGAGAUUCAACACUACGGCUGCUUGAUAGACCUAUUCGGUCGAGCAGGCAGGUUCGAAGAAGCCAUGAAUGUCAUCAACAGAAUGGAAAUGGAACCCGACGAAGCCAUUUGGGGGUCUCUGCUAAACGGAUGCAAAAUUCAUCACCGCACGGAUUUAGCAGAGUUUGCAUUACACAAACUAAUGGAAAUUGAUCCACAGAAUGGCGGUUAUGCCAGUAUGUUGGCCAACAUAUAUGGAGAAUUGGGGGAUUGGGAAGAAGUUAGGAAGGUUAGGAAGAUGUUGAAGGAUAGGAAUGCUUACAAAACUCCUGGUUGCAGUUGGAUUGAGGUCAAUGAACAAGCUUUCCAAUUUCAUUCUGAUGAUACAUCUCAUCCUAGAAUAAAAGAGAUGCACCAAAUCCUGAAAAGUCUGGUUGGUUUUAUCUGUAUAAACUCAAGUCAAUAGUGGAUUGAGUAUUAAUUCUCAUACUCCACUAUCAAUAGUGGAUUGGAUUGAUUUAAAAAAAAAAUAUCGGUACUUUUGUGACCAAACAAAGCGAACAUAAGAAAAAGAAAAGCACGACGUCCUGAAAAGUCUUGCUGGUUGUGACUCUAAUAUUAAUUCUUAGACUCCGCUAUAA